UUGAACAGGAAGUGGAUCUUUGGGUCAUUUGUGCCCUUGGCCUGAAGGCUUUGUGAAGCUGCUUAAUGUCAUAUGAGACCAUAUACUUCACAGAAGAGGAAGUGUCCUGCUGGCGUAGGGGCGCGUGCUCUUUUGACUGGGCCAAGAGCAGAGGAUUUUGUGGAUGUGUGAUACCUCCUCCUAUGGGCUUCUGUGUCUACACAGAGCAGACCAUACAAUUAAUAACAUGUCACUUGCCCCCCAUAGCAGCUGUACGCAGGAUGAGCCUGGACGUGAGCAGCAGCGCCAAGCCCAUCAAGGUGGGCUCCCUGGUGGAGGUGAUCGGCAAGGGCCACCGCGGCACCGUGGCCUACAUCGGCGCCACGCUCUUCGCCACGGGCAAGUGGGUGGGAGUCAUCCUCGAGGAGCCCAAGGGCAAGAACGACGGCACCGUGCAGGGCAAGCGCUACUUCACCUGCGAGGAGAACCACGGCAUCUUCGUGCGACAGUCCCAGAUCCAACUGGUUGAUGAAGGAGCAGAUGCCAUCUCACCUGACAUCCCAGAAUUGGCCUCCAAGUUCCUCAAACGAGAACUUUUGGAGUCACCGAAAUCAAACAAGCUGCCCUCUCGUACCGCUGGCUCUCCGACGGGCCGCCCACUGUCCCCCUCGGUGGCUGAGAGGCGCAGCCCCGAGCCCCGCACGCCUGUCCAGACCCCUGUGGCACUGCCCGUCCUUUCAUCACCCCUCUGCCCCCAGGAGGAGGAGGACCUGCGGACUCAGGUGAAGGACCUAGAGGAGAAGCUUGAGACGCUCCGGAUAAAGCGCACCGAAGACAAGGCCCAGCUAAAGGAGCUGGAGAAACACCGCCUCCUAGUGGAGCAGCUGCAGGAGUGGAAGAGCAAGAUGCAGGAGCAGCAGGCUGACCUACAGAGGCAGCUGAGGGAGGCUAAGAAGGAGGCGAAGGAGGCCCAGGAAGCCAAGGACCGCUACAUGGAGGAGAUGGCGGACACUGCGGACGCUGUGGAGAUGGCCACGCUGGACAAGGAAAUGGCAGAGGAGCGGGCAGAGUCCCUUCAGCAGGAGGUGGAGUCGCUGAAGGAGAAGGUGGAGGAGGUGACCAUGGAUCUGGAGAUCCUCAAACACGAGAUCGAGGAGAAAGGGUCCGAUGGCGCAGCGUCCAGCUACCAGGUCCGGCAGCUGGAGGAACAGAACAACAGGCUGAAGGAGGCCCUGGUCAGGAUGCGGGAUCUCUCGGCCUCGGAGAAGCUGGAGCAUGUGAAGCUGCAGAAGGAGGCAGAGAGGAAGAGUACGGAGCUGGAGACGCUGCGGCAGCAGAAGGAGAAGCUGGAGGAGGAGGCCACGCAGGCCGAGCGGACCAUCGAGGAGCUCAAGGAGCAGGUGGAUGCGGCCUUGGGGGCAGAGGAGAUGAUGGAGACGCUGACGGAGAGGAACCUGGACCUGGAGGAGAAAGUGCGAGAGCUGAGGGAGACGGUCAAGGACCUGGAGGCCAUUAAUGAAAUGAACGAUGAGCUGCAGGAGAACGCCCGCGAGACGGAGCUGGAGCUGCGGGAGCAGGUGGACCUGGGCAGGGCUCAGGUUCGAGAGGCAGAGAAGAGGGCAGAGGCGGCGCAGGAGACCUUGGCCGACUACCAGCUGACCAUCAGCAAGUACCGGGAGCUGACCGCUCACCUGCAGGAGGUGAACCGUGAACUGACCAGCCAGCAGGUGGCGACAGCGGAACAGAGAGAGCGGCAGCCUGCAGCGGACCUCUUUGACUUUAAGAUCAAGUUUGCGGAGACCAAGGCCUACGCCAAGGCCAUUGAGAUGGAGCUGAGGCAGAUGGAGGUCCAGCAGGCCAACAGACACGUGUCUCUGCUCACCUCCUUCAUGCCGAACUCCUUCCUGCGGCACGGCGGAGAUCACCACUGCAUCCUGGUCCUGCUGCUCAUCCCGCGCCUCAUCUGCAAGGUAGAGCUGAUCAGCAGACAGACUCAGGAGAAGUUCCAGCUGAGCGAGAGCUGCUGGGAGCGCUCGGGCCUGCGGGGACUGGCAGGAGAGCAGCUGAGCUUCGCCACCGGCCUGGUCUACUCCCUCACCUUGCUGCAGUCCACACUGCACAAGUACCAACAAGCUCUGAAUCGGUGCAGUGUGGAGGUGUUUAAGAGGAUUGGCACUCUGUAUGUGGAGAUGAGUGCACACGAAAGCUCCCUCGACUUCCUGAUCGACCUUCUGCGCAAGGACCAGCUGGACGAGACCGUGAACGUGGAGCCGCUCACCAAGGCCAUCAAGUACUACCAGCACCUGUACAGCAUCCACCUUUCGGAACAAACUGAGGACUGCUCGGUACAGCUGGCUGACCACAUCAGGUUUACCCAGAGUGCCUUGGAUUGCGUGGGGGCGGAGGUGGCCCGCCUGCGGGCCUUUCUGCAGGCCGGCCAGGAGGAGACGCAGCUGGCUGUCCUGCUGAAGGAUGUGGAGACUUCCUGCAGUGACAUCCACCAAUUCUGCAAGAAGAUCCGCCGUAGGAUGCCCGGAACCAAAGCCCCCGGAAUCCCAGCAGAGCUGCACUUCAGCCAAUCGGUGUCAGACCUGCUGACGGACAGCCGGAGGCACCUGAGCAGGGUGGUGGCAGUACUGCAGGAGGCGGCAGCUGCAGGUGCCCAGAUGAUCACUCCAGUGGGGGAGCAGGAGGGGCUCUCCGCCCUAAAACUGGAGGACGUGGCCUUCAAGGCGGCAAAGCAGAUCUAUGGCUCCAUGGACAUCAGCCCCCUGCAGAGCCUGCGAGAGUCCUGCAGCGCUGUCAUUGUCACCAUGAAUAGGAUGGCCACGGCCAUGCAGGAGGGCGAGUACGACGCAGGGAAGGUCCAGACCACGACCCCACCUCCGGUGGAGCUGAGAGCCGCCACCCUUCGGGCCGAGAUGACGGAUGCUGAGGGGCUGGGCCUGAAGCUGGAAGACAGGGAGAUGGACAUCCGGGAGCUCAAGAAGGCCCUCAAGAUGAAGCUCCUGGCACUGGGCGAGGCUAACGUGCGCCUCAGCUUGCUGGAGAAGAAACUGGAUACAGCAUCCAAGGACGCUGACGAGCGAGUGGAAAGGAUCCAGACCAAACUAGACGAGUCGCAGAGCCUCCUGAGGAAGAAGGAGAAGGAGUUUGAGGAGACCAUGGAUGCACUGCAGGCUGACAUCGACCAGCUGGAGUCGGAGAAGGCGGAGCUGAAGCAGCGACUCAGCGCCCAGACCAAAUUGACCAUCGAGGGCCUGCGGGGGGGGCCGCCGCCGUCCAGCAUCGCCACUGUCGCCACGGCCGCAAUCGCAGGCAGUGUGGCACCCAGCGUGGGUGGUGGCCCUGGUCCCCUGCAGGUUGUAGACUCUCCUCUCCUCCUACAGCAGAUAAAGGUGCAACGCCUCAGCAUCAGGCACCUGAAGAAUGAGAACUACCGUCUCCAGGCUGAGAAAAUGAAGGCCCAGCUGGCAUCCCUGCCCCCGCUCCAUGUGCCCAAGCUGCCCGCUGUGGAUGGCCCCAGGCCCGGGGUGCUGUGCAGUGCUCUCUACCGCAAAACGGACCAGCUGCUGGGAACCCUUUUGGGGAUGAGCGCCAACGUCAGAGUGGUGGACAUAACCGGGAAGUCUCCAGUGAGCCCCAGCGCGCAGCUCCUGGAACAAACUGCCCGCCUGCGCUCCCUCAGCAACAUGCUGGACAAACUGAAGGAUGACGUGGCCAAGCAUGUGGUGACCCAGAGUCCUGGGGCACGCGUCCUCUCCGACUUUGCCACAUUCCCCUCGUCGUCCUACAUUAAGGCCAAAGAGGAGCAGAAAGGGGACACAGUGCUGGUGGGGAAGGUACUGAUUCCAUGUGCCCCCGGCCAGGAGCAUGUCCACCGGCUUGUCCUAUCACAACAGGAGCUGCACAGGGUGCACCGCCUACUGACGCCCUAGGCUCCACCCCACUGGACAUGACUGAUGGCCGGCUCUCCAAUAAAACCCCAGACGGCCUUUUUCACCUCAAGCUGUAUUACACAAAA